AAAGCCUAAAAUCGAGAUAAUUGACAGAGACAUGCAUCUCAUCACGUGAGAUGAGACGACGGGGAGUGCCUGCCUUGAAAUUUGUCCCUGGACGCGUGUCACGCGCCUGCUGUUUCUGGCUUGCCAAGACCUCGCGUUUGAACCAAGAGACAAACGCGACGACGACGCAAGGCUGCUGCUGCUGCUGCUGCGCUGCCCGCUUCUUCUUCGUCCAUGACCUCGCCACAACAUCCACAUCUUUAGGGUUAUUAACCCUAAGACUCUAUCAAGUCCCCCCAAACUUCAUCAUCUCUUGUUGUUCUUCGUUCUGAUCGCAUGCUAGUCAUCCCACCAUGGCCCCUCGCAAAGCUGCAAGGUCAGUCAGCAGAAGAAGUACACCUCAGUCCCCGCCUAAACCACCCGCUUCUCUAUCUUCACCCUCCUUAGCUUCUCAGAUUCACGACAAACAGCCCAGCCGCUCACGCAGUCGUGAAACUUCAGUGCUCGAGAGACCACAUCAGCACCAGCCGAACCCAAACGCUCGAAGCCUGUCUACCCUUGGCGAAAACGAUGAGGACGCCAAUCUAACUUCGCUGGGUCCUCGUUCAGCCCCAUCGUGGUCCGAUCAUUCUGAAUCCAUGAGCCAGGACUUUCAGGCCGACCUUGACGAACUUGAUCGAGAUACUGUCAUCGAUGACCUGAGGGAUCUCUACCAUAACUCCAAAGCCCUUCUUUCACUCUUCUCUAGUCCUGGUCACCAGAGCCUCUCCUCAAUAAUUGCCCAAGUCUCUCAGCCAACCUCAUUGAUCGGUCGACGGUUUCGACAUCAAGCCAGGAAUCUCCAGAGAACUCGCCAAAGCUUUGGUGAGAAUGACCUCAUCAACCCGAGCCUCAUCGUAUGCAAAGUCGCAGGGGCUACUGAUGUAUCCCAGGUCGAGGAUGCACUAUGGAGACCAGAUGCCAUCCUCUAUCUGGCAAACAUAUCUCUUCAGCUCAUCUCCUUGUUCAUGACUUCGCCUGAGGAUCGCAACCACCUAUCAUUCAUGUAUAACAAUUUCCCUAAUCACUUUGCCGGCCCACCUGGCAGUCCUUUUGCUCUGAAGUCUAGCAAGACCACUUCUGAGCUCGUGUUGGAAAUUACCACCCAGCUCUUUCUCCAUAACGCCACCGAACAAUACACUCGCUCCGAUUUUGACCCACACCAACACCUGCAAGCCGUCUUUUGGGACGACCCCGACCGCUUGCUCCGAGAUUAUGAUGCUGAUAUGGAAAGCAAAGCCCUCGCCAGGGUCAAAAUGCUCCAAGAUCAGCUCGACUCAGACCUGGACCUUGCCACACAACUUCGAAAUCUUAGUGAGCGUUUUCCAUGGUCCAAAUUUCUCCGUCGAGUUCUUCAAUGGUCAACUGAACGAGCAACCGAAUUAGACCGCAUUAUCGCGUCUCAAAGUGGAGUGGACAAGAUUGUCGACUCACUCAUCAAGGACGACCCUCAGAGCGGCACCGAAUCCCUAGACACAACGAGUGAAUCGGGUCCCUCUGACCACGAAACCACUUCGCCCCAAGCCACCACACACACUCAGCUGGAUGAUGCAAAUGAAACCCAUCUUACUCGCGCUUCCACGCCGUCCAAGCCGCUCACCGGAGUACGUAUGCAUGUAGAAUACCAACAACUGAAGAAAGAAAAAGCAAGACACGCCGCUCAAGUUUUGGGAUUAACUCAGCGUGCGAACCGUCGCAGUCCCGCUGCGGAGCCAUUGCGAGAAAUCCCGCAAUCACCAACUCCUGUAGAAGAUUCCCUUGAUGCUCAAGACGAUGAUGCCAAUCCCAACGAUCAACUUCUGGGAGCCCAAGAAGACGAUAAUCUUGAUCAAGACGGCGUCAUGGGCGAUCAUGAUUUGUGGGCGCCACCCGCGAAUGUCUCAUCACCGCCAGAGAUUGUUCCCACUCAAACAACUGCCAUCAUCAUGCAAACUCUCGCCAGAAAAGCCGCUGAAAGAGAAAAAGACAAAGGGGGCAUACUUCCAAAGAGGUCACUCUUGGACAGACAGGCUACUGCAACCAGGGAGGAAUGGACUGCCGAUCCUGACUUUGAUAGCGUACCGAUGCCUGAACCCAUCCAGCGAGCCCAAAAGCGGCCCUCCCCCGUUCACAGUAGCCAAAGUGGUGAAGAGGAAGACUUCGAGGAGGAUAGUCGGCCGCACAAAAAAGCACACCACACUGUUGGUAGGCAAGGCGUGUCGAAGAGCAUGCACUCGCAACAGCCCUUUUUCACAAACAAUACCCGAAAUGUCAGGCCCGAUCCCGACUCUCGCCGCCCCCAGUUGAUUUCGAAUCUCCAGAGCCUCUCAUCCACGGCGCCACUUCGUACCGCCCAACCAUCAAGCUUCCCAGUAGCUGCUGUGCCGCAAGCAAGCCAAGCAGUUGUUGCGAAUUUGGAAGCCAAAGUGCUGACUGCCCAGGCUCGCGAAUGGCACCAUCCCAAGACUCAAGUUCGCAUUCCAUGGAGCGAACAAGAGACUGAACGGCUCAUUGAAAUGGUUGGCCACUUUCACACCCAAUGGUCGGCCAUAAUGAAGAGAGACCUGGUGCACGAGGACGGCCCUCGACUCCAGAACCGCAAUCAAGUCGCCCUCAAGGACAAAGCACGAAACAUCAAGAUGGAUUUCCUCAAAUCAAGGCGAGCCUUGCCCCCUGGAUUCGAGGAUGUGUCUAUUACCGCGAGGGACAGGGAAAACUUGAUGAUGAUGGGCGUCCAUCUUUCUGAAGGCCGAUAUACUGGCCCAAAUCUGAAGUUGCAAUGAUGCCCAUACCUCGGAAACCCAUACAAAUUUCAUUGACUGCCGUUCUCCAUCCUGGUUCCGGUUUCGAUACGGAUUGGAUUGUGAUAUUAUUAUUUAGAUACCCAUCGAUUCUACUCGGGGCGGGCGCUCUCGUGUUUGGG